AUGCCUCAGCUGCUGGAAGCGCAGAAUCCGAGAGAUGAUUGGACCGGCAUGAUAAACACGUCAGAGCGGAGAAAGCGUCAAAAUCGCCUAAACCAAAGAGCUUAUCGUAUACGUGACGUGGCUGCUACCACUGUCCUGCCGGAGGGUUACCUCCUCCUUCACACUGCUGAAUCCCGCGCAAAGGUCCAGAUCUUUGCACAAAGAGUGUACCAAGACUACAGUUCUGGUUUGCCUCAACCUGGGUAUCUCCACGUUUUGAUACGGCUUAAUGUCCUCAAUGCUCUUGCACAAAACGCAGCGCUGCUGGAAUUUAGAUUCAAAGGGCUUUGUUUUCCAGAGCUCGUGUCACCUUUCAAUCAACAUGGUCCCAGUUCUGUCCACACAUUCAUACCAUCGCAGGCUUAUCCGAGCUGGCUUCAACCCACAGCACUUCAGAUGACGGUGAGGCACCACCCCUGGAUUGAUCUGAUUCCUAUUCCCCGGAUGCGCGACAACAUUCUCUGCGCACUUGAAGCUGGAUUCCUUGAUAAUAAGGAGUUGGGUAUUGAUAUCCUCGGCGUUGAAGACAUUCAGGGUGAUACAGCUUCUCUCAUCAUCUGGGGGGAGCCGUGGGACCCUCGAGGGUGGGAGGUUAGUAUCUCAUUCUUACGGAAGUGGGGUUGGCUUAUCGCGGGUUGUCCUGUCGUAAUAGAGGCAACAAAUUUCUGGCGUCACAAAAGAGGUGAGAAGGAUCUCGAUUUCGAAGUUGUUAGCAAGUUAGUGGGGAUAUAA